AUGUCACAUUGGUUGCAGCCUGCAGGUGGCCUUUGGUUCGGCGAUAAGAUUGCAAUAAUCCAGAAAAAAGUUCCUCCCCACUUCGAAAUCGCAUCCUGGUAUCGACAACGAGAAUUGCCGCUUCAAACCACCACAGCAAUGGGGAAACUCAAGAACCCAAAGCGCAACAGCGCAGCUUCUUCUUCCCCGUACGCCAAAGCCGAAAAAGCUACCAAUAAUGUGUUCAAGUUCAACACCAAUGUCGGUCAACAUAUCCUCAAAAACCCCGGAGUGGCAGAAGCCAUAGUCGCAAAAGCUUUCCUCAAACCCUCCGACACAGUGCUUGAAGUCGGACCGGGAACAGGAAACUUGACAGUCAGAAUACUUGAAAAAGCGAAGAAAGUUAUUGCGGUCGAAUUAGAUCCUCGAAUGGCGGCGGAAGUGACCAAACGUGUGCAGGGGAAGCCAGAACAGAAGCGGUUGGAGGUAUUGCUUGGGGAUGUGAUCAAGAUGGAGACGCUACCACAGUUUGAUGUUUGUAUUAGCAAUACUCCGUAUCAGAUUUCAUCCCCAUUAGUAUUCAAGCUUUUGUCUCUACCUAAUCCACCUCGGGUCAGCGUACUCAUGUUCCAACGUGAAUUUGCCCUCCGUUUAACCGCUCGUCCUGGAGAUUCCUUAUACUGUCGUCUGAGUGUGAAUGCGCAAUUCUGGGCCAAGAUAACGCACAUCAUGAAAGUUGGAAAAAACAACUUUAAACCCCCGCCACAAGUCGAAUCGAGCGUUGUGCGUAUAGAACCGAAAAUGGGUAGCGAGCGCCCUGGUGUGAGCUGGGAUGAGUGGGACGGCAUGUUGAGAAUAUGCUUCGUACGGAGAGGGAGGACGAUGAGAGCGUCUUGGUUAGGAAGCAGAGAGGUGUUAGGGUUGUGUGAGCGGAAUUACAGAGUCUGGUGCGCGAUGAAUAAUAUCCCACUAGAUGAUACUCCGCUUGAUCUUACGAACGGUGCCGACGAAAUGGAAAUCGACACCCCAGCGGCAGACGAUGAUGAAGAGUUCCAAGGAUUCUCUGACCAUGAAGCCGAUGAUGAUACUCCAGCAUUUUUCAAGGAGCUGAAUGCGAAACAAACCAACUUUCCUAAGACAGUAGGGAAGAAGAAGAAGACGAGGGUUGCUGAGCUCAUAAAAGAGAAGAUCAGAAAAGUGUUGGAAGAUGUCACGGACUUGGCUGAUAAGCGAGCUGGAAAGUGUGAUGAGAAUGAUUUUCUGCGGUUGCUGAGUGCAUUUAACGAAGAGGGGCUGCAUUUUGCUUGA